GCUGCAGCCGCUCCGCGCCCGCGGCGUCCGCCCGCCCGCCCGUGAGCACCCCCGGCCGCGGCUGCGCCGGGGAACCCGCGGCCGCCCGCCCGAGCGCCGCGCUGCCCCCCCGGAUCCCCCCGAGCCCAGCGGGAGCCGCGGCGGCCGCAGCCGCGUUGCGGCGGGGAGGUGGGAGCCGCGUUUGGCGGCCGGGGAAGGCAACGUUAUAAAAAGCCUUUGUCUUGGGAAUCAGCAUCGCAUCUCUCCUGCCGCCCGACGUGCUGCCGGCGGGGGCGAAAGCCGCAUUUUGGGCUCGUUUGUUCUUUUCGCCGCCCCAGGCAUGUCUUGACACAGCCGCGAGAGAGCCUGGCGUUUCCAUGCACUUCCGACGGAUGUCUUUGGCUGGGGCGAGAGCGGUGGGGGUUUGAGACUUUGUAGCCUAUCUCGGUGCGAGCGUCUGUGAGGUUCCCAUGAUCGCAGUGUGAAGGAGGAAGAACUAGGAGAAAGAAGCAGUUGUGUUGGUUUCUCUUCUUGCUGGGUCAGCCUUCCUGGAUGGUUGCAUUAUUGACUUGUGGACACAUUGUCAAGCGCUCACAGAGAAAAAGGCUUGAUUAUUUCCCCCCGUGUUUGGUUUCCGUCGUGAUCUCUGUGCAGAAAUCAUCACUUUUCUCCCAGUUCGCCGGUCCGCACAGAGCAGCAGGAAUAUGCUCAUGAAGGAGUACCGGAUCUGUAUGCCUCUGACAGUUGAAGAGUACAGAAUUGGACAGCUGUACAUGAUCAGCAAGCACAGCCAUGAGCAGAGUGACCGAGGGGAGGGUGUGGAGGUGGUGCAGAAUGAGCCCUAUGAAGAUCCCAACCAUGGCAAUGGGCAGCUCACAGAAAAACGGGUCUAUCUCAACAGCAAACUGCCUAGCUGGGCUAGAGCAGUUGUCCCCAAAAUAUUUUAUGUUACAGAGAAGGCCUGGAAUUAUUAUCCUUACACAAUCACAGAAUACACAUGUUCAUUUUUGCCUAAAUUCUCCAUUCAUAUAGAGACAAAAUAUGAGGACAACAAAGGAAGCAAUGACAGUAUUUUUGACAAAGAAGCUAAAGAUCUGGAGCGAGAAGUCUGCUUUAUUGAUAUCGCCAGCGAUGAGAUUCCCGAGCGCUAUUACAAGGAAUCAGAGGAUCCCAAAUACUUCAAGUCACAGAAAACAGGGAGAGGCCAAUUGAAAGAAGGCUGGAGAGAGACCCAUCAGCCAAUUAUGUGUUCCUACAAACUUGUGACUGUGAAAUUUGAGGUCUGGGGACUUCAAACCAGAGUAGAGCAAUUUGUACACAAGGUGGUCAGAGACAUCCUCCUGAUCGGUCACCGGCAGGCGUUUGCCUGGGUGGAUGAGUGGUAUGAUAUGACUAUGGAUGAUGUUCGAGAAUACGAGAAAAAUAUGCAUGAAAAAACCAACAUUAAAGUUUGCAACCAACAUUCAUCUACUGUGGAUGAAAUAGAGAGCCAUGCCAAAGCAAGAACAUGACAAUGGAUGAAGUCCGAGAGUUCGAACGAGCCACUCAGGAAGCUACCAACAAGAAGAUUGGGGUUUUCCCACCGGCAAUAUCUAUCUCUAACAUUUCCAUGCCUUCCUCAACCCGCAGUGCUCCAUCUAGUG